CUUUUUUCUUCUUUUCCCCUUCCUCUCGCGCCUUGUCCUCUCGCUGCCAAGUGCGUUUUGCUGUGUAGUAGGUGUAGCCAUCAGCCCGUAGGACAGAUACCGACUACACACCGGUAGAGUAGACACGGCCGACGAAGGAUGGCAGCGCGACUCUCCCUGUUGCUGCUGAGCUGUCUGCUCGCCCUCACAGCCCUCCCCUUCACAGGCAAGCACACCACAGCACAGAGCGGCGCAGUCAGGAAAAGACACGGACACACACCCCCUCUUUGUUGCUCUGCCGUUGCAGUGUGUCAGGAGGCCACUUCGCCUCCCGCCGCCGAUGACAGCGACAGCGCGGCCUCUGUGGGGUCUCCCGGUGCGGGUGCGGCCGACAAGAGCGUGGACCAGGUGCUGGCUGACCUGAAGAAGGACGAGGAGGCCAAGGCGGCCGAGGGCGAUGACGAGGAGACCCCUCUGCCCUCCGGCCCGAUGCCCGAGAACUGCACCACGUCGGGCGUCCAGUAUAUCGGACAGCUCGUCACCGACUUCGUCCCGCUCUACAAGGAGGAACGGUCAGUCAGUCAGGGUGCGUGGGUCCCCGGGGGACAGGCACACGCAACACCACACCAUCCUUCGCCUGCACUUGUUGUCUGUCUGUCUUUGCUGUCCCUUCCCUCCCUCCGUCUCUCUCUCUCUCUCUCUCUCUCUCUGUGUGUGUGUGUGUGCAGUACGUGUCAGCAGGCGUGCCAGUCCCACCCGGCGUGCUACUUCUUCAGCUUCUACCACGGCCUCGACGGUGAGCUGGUCAACGUGCAGGAGGGCGACGAGAUCGAGCUCGCCGUCCCCGAUUACGAGGAGGAAGAGGAGCUCGACAGACGCGCACUGGCAUUUGCCGACUUCGACGACGUGUCCAAGCGUCGGUUCCGCGGGCUGCAGGGCAAGAUGCCGACUGCCGACGAGGUCAUGCUCAACCCCAAGGCCGGCGCCUGCUUCCUCCUGGGCGCCUACGUCAGGAAGGAGAUGAAGGCCAAGUUCGUGUCGGGGCCACGCACAUGCGGUGAGUGAGUCGGUGGGAGGGAGGGAGAGGGGUGUGGACGGAUGCAUUGUGUUGUGUGUGGGCUGCUUUAUUGUGGUUGGUCGCAGCGAGUGAGUGCGUGAAGAUGUAUUCGGACAACUGCCUGGCGACCCGUUGCUGCUCGCGCGCCACGGCCACGUGUGUGUCGAAGGAUACCUUCUUCGCCCAGUGCCGCCUGCCAACCGACGCCUGCCCCGGCAAGGGAUGGAACUGCUACAACAUCUGUGAGACUACACCCCACCCACACCGAGCACACCAGCAGAUCAUUUCCCUCACUGUGUACGUGUGUGUGGUGUGUGUGUGUGGUGUGUGUCAGCGUCGAUGCCGUCAGGUUGUCUGGAGUAUGACAUGGAGUACGCCCCCCAGUCCUUCGCCAACGACAUUGACGAGAUCCUCGACGUUGAGACGGAGCUGCACUGCCAGGAGCUCUGCAAACAGCACGACAAAUGCAACUACUGGAGCUACAAGUAAGUUGAGUACUCGACGCGGGCAGGCAGGCAGGCAGGGAGGGGCAGUCCACUCACUGUUGGUGUUGCUCUGUUGUGUUUUGUGUGGUGUUUUGGUUUGGUGUCUGUUAGCCCGUAUUACAAGAAGAUGUGUCUGCUCAAGAAGAAAAACAAGCCCAAGAUGCACGUCAAGGGCGUUAUCUCGGGCGUCAAGGACUGCGCAGGUGCGUGUCGGCACGGCUCGCCCCAGAAAAGCCACAGCACACCCACCGCAUCACAGUGCACUGCUCACCCUCGUCUGUCUGUGGUGUGCUCGCCUUUCAGGUUUCGAGCAGCCCAACCUGAUCGAUUACAUCGCCGAACAGCCCGUAAGUAACGCGACCGAGCCACCCUGCACACCUGCACGCCACUCCUUGUUUUGUCUGUUGUGUGUGGUGUUCUCGACUGUCAGGAGUACAAGGAGUUCUACAAGCGUGUUGAGCUGGCCGGCCUCGAUUCGUUUCUCAACACCAACACGUCUGCCGCCAAGGGCAACUCGACGGGCUUCACGGUCUUCAUCCCCGUCAACCAGGCCUGGGAGAACCUCGACCCCAAAGUCAAGGAAGAAAUCGAAGCCGACAAGUUUAAACUCGGUACCAUCAUCAAGGGACACAUUGUCGAGAGACCCGUCGGGGUCGAGAGAUACCUCGGUAUGUAGGCUGAUGGCACCUCCUGGUCGCGUGGAGGUCUGCAUUUGUGUGUGCUGUGUGUGGGAUGUCAGGUGAGGAGACGGUGAAGGGUUUGAAGACUGCGUCGGGCGAGACCAUUGCGGUGUCCCGCCGCGCGUCCAACGAGGGCAAGAUGCAGAUCAACGACGCCAACGUCCUCAUCCCUGACAUCAAGGCAAAGGUACCGACUGGCGCCCACACGCCCCAGUUUUCCGGUCCCCAGCCCACAUUUUCUCUGCUGUUGUCUGUCUGCGUGUCUGUCGCGUCUCAGGACGGCAUGAUCACGACGAUAGCCAAGGUGUUGCUGCCCGUCGAGAUGAUGGAUGAGGCCAUGCCCUCGAUAGACGAAGACGACUCAGCGUCUCUCCUCGACAUGGCCCCUGAGGAGGAGGAGGAAGAGGACGAAGAGAGCACCGAAGAGAAGGACACCCUGAUCAGCUCCUCCCUGCCCGACACACCCACGACAGGCACCAAGAAAACCAACGCGACCACCGGAAGCAGCAAGCUCCCCUCCAUCAGCUCGGGCAGCAACACCACCACCACCAAGACGGUCACCAACACAACCACUGCUGGAUCAGGCAGCACCCCAAGCACCAAGACCACCAAGACCACCAAUACCACCCUGUCGACGGGCAACAGCACCGCAUCGACCCUCAUCGGCAGCGCGGCUCCCAAGAAGCCCGCCAACGACACCCUGGCCACGUCCAAGAAGUCAACCGACGACUCCCUCUCCAGCUCGUCGCUGGAAGACGACGCAUACGGCUCCAGCAGCACCGGCCUCCUCGAUGAGCACGACAUCGCCGCCACAGCAACCACCAGAGAUACAUCCAGCGUCAGCAGCACCAACAGGACCGCAGUAGUGGAGGUCAACACUCCCGGGCCAUCAGCUGACGAGGAGGCCGGCGCUUCCCCCAGAAUUGAGGACUUCUACGACACCACAUCGACGAGCGACGACAGCUCCAUGCAGGAGGGGACGGCCGACUCGUCCUUCCAGCCCGGCCAGCCCGCCGAGACGUCAGAGAUCGAACACCACGCCACCGAGACCGAGGAGAGCGACGCUGCCGCAGGGUCGUCCCCCAAGCUGACGGCACCUACGGUUGAGGAGCUGCACGAGGCCGCCAGCAAGAGCAGCAGCCAGGGCGGGUCGGGUGGUGUGCUGGGUCUGCCUGUGUGGCUGGAGAUCAUGAUGCUCGUGGUCAUCGUCGGCCUGGCCGUUGUCGGAGGUGAGACAGGGAGGCACACCUACCUCACCACCAGAGGCACGGAGUGGAGUGAAUGGAGUUGAUUUCUAUGUUGUGUGUCAUGUAUGUAUGUCAGGUGUGGCGGCCUUUGUGCUGAAGCAGCGCAGGAAGGAGGAGGAGGGCCCGACGCCCACCAGACGCCCUGUCCGCAUCGAAUACACGCACGGAGGCAACCACAGCAGCAGCUAGACUAGACACAGAUGGAGGGAGGAGGGAGGGAGGGAGGGGCUGACUGAGGGGGUUAUGUGAUGUGAUGCGAUGUGGUCGGUCUGUCUGUCUGUCUGUAUUGCUUGUUUGUACUGUGACGUCACUGCACUGAUGGUUGACGAAUGACAUGGUGGGUGGUGUGAUGGCUAAUGCGUGUUACCGCAAGCAAUUUUCAUCCGUUCAUGUCAUGUAUGUCUGUCAUGCGAUGGGAUGCGUGUCUCUUUAUCUAUUUAUUCAUGGGUGUGAUACUUUCAUCACAUAGCAGCUCAGCUAGAUGUCUCUGUGUCUGCAGAUAUGUAGCCUAGCCGCCACAGCCAGGUGGUUUCGUUGCCACAACUAGCUCGUCGCGAAAUAGUCUCUUGUAUGUAUGCAUGGAUGUAACUAUUAUGUGCUGCCGCAUAUAUAUGAUAUGUAUUUGUCGUUUGGAUUGCAGUCGCUUGGAUGGAUGGAUGGAUACACAGAUAGACAGCGACGGCUUGUCCACGACGGGCCGAAUUUGUCUACUGCCUAAUGUGAGUGGACAGAUCCAUGUGUCCUUCGAGUGAGUGCACAGAGAUAGACACCGACCGGGGCGAGCGCGUGUUCAUGCGCUCGCGUGUACAGCCUGGGACAGAUGACGAUCGCAUACCUACGUACGUACAAACGCACCGUGUGUCUGCUGUGAACGUAGCCAUGGAUGGAUGGAUGGAUGGGUGGAUCGGCGGAUGGGUUAAGACGGUUGGUCGGUCGGUCGGUGGUCUUUAGGGGACAGAGAGAGAGGGGACGUGGGGUGCACACAUCCCGUCGACUACGUGUGUAUGCGAUGCGUGGCCCAUGCUGAUUUUACCGUCACUUUGAUGCUAGCUAGUUGGGCUGCGCGG